AUGAGCUCUCAUCAAGGAUCUUACAUCGGCACCAAACUCGCUGAGGAGGGUAAGGUUAAACCUUCAGACAAGCAAGGCGCAAACAUUCCUUGUGUUAGCAGUCAGAUCAAAUGCCAGUUAUGCGACUCCUUACGCAAGAACGUUCAUGAUGAACAGGACAGGGUCUUCAAGUCAAAUAAAGAUCCCAUCAGCAAGUCACUAACCGCGGAAGAAAGCAUAUUCCAAAACUUAAUAGACUUUCUGGACAAUUUUCCGGAUGAAAAAUUGGAUGCAAUGUCGGAUGAAUUAUCGGAUGAAAUUCUGUAUGAAUUUCUGUGUCAAUUGCCGGAUGAACUACUGCUUGAAUUUCGGGAUAUAUUGCGGGAUGGAUUGCUCGAUUCCAAGCUCUCCGAGGAGGGCCGCCACUUUGAGUAUUCACACGGUACCAACCGGGUCUCCAGCGAUGAAAACAAUUUCCAAGCUAUACUCAACAAUGCUGUUGACAAUUACCGUAAGAUGCCAAGUCAAGAUAACUUCCGCAAGUUUGUGGACCUAGUGGAAAGUUUACUCCAGGAAGCCAAGGAGCAUUUGGAUAAAUUGCGGGAUGGUGCAGACCGUCAAAUGUAG